AUGGGAAAGGAACAGAUUGUGAAUUUUGUGGCUGGUAAAUAUGAACUUAAUGAAAAAUUACCAUCAAUAGAAACUAUUUUAAUGGUUCGUUAUUUAAUGGGUUAUCGUAUUUAUCAAUAUUCACAACAAGCUGCUGCUUAUUUAGAACCGAUAUUAAAUGGUUUAAGAUUUAAUGAUUCAACAAAAGAUAUUACAAUAAAACAAUUAUCUGAUAGUAAACGUCAAGGCAGUUUAGAACGUCGUUCUGCCGAUCUUAUUGAACGUUUAGCAUUUUCGCUACAAAACAUUUUUGACGUUUUUCGGGUUUUGAAAGAAGUUGAAAAAGAAGGUUAUCCUAUACGUUUUGGUGAUAUCUAUUUAGAAACACGACAAGCUUGUGAACAACAAAUUGCAAAAUUAUUUUAUUCGAAUGAAGGUGGUGCAGCUAGCCAACAAAAUAAUACGAGCUAUGCUGAUUAUGUUGAUUUAAAAACAUUACCUUGUGUUCGUAUUACAUCAGUAUCGUCUCCUCCAACAAAGUCAAUGACAGUUACAUUAGAAACAGUUCAAAUAGCGGUUCGUUUAUAUGAUGAAGUUUAUUAUCCACAAUCAAUGAAUUUAUUCAACUGUCAAGAUGAUGAUUUUGAAGACAAUGCACACGAUAAUGAAUAUGGACGAAAAAUUUUACUAUUUCCAUUUAAAAUCAUAUUGAAAGCUUCACUAACACAGACUGGUGGUCCUUUUAAAAAUGCUGGUCGUAAUGAUAUAGAUGUUGAUAAAAUUAUAUCCAAUUUAGUGAAUAAACAAUUAUUAAAAAGUGGAAGAUAUUUAAAAUCAUCAGCAAGAAACAUUAUUUGCUGGAUCAGAUGGUUUCCUGACUGUCAAGCUGAAGAACAAUUAGCCGAUUUAAUGAAAAAUUUAUCUGAUGAUUACGGUUUUCCAUUAUAUCAAUAUUUACAUACUAUUGAGAAUAUUUCUGAUUGUCACCCGAACACAGAAGCGCUGCAAAUAACAGAUAAUCGUAAUGAAGAUAUUAAAGGACUACAACAAAAGAUUUCAUUGUUAAAACAAAAUUUGGAUGUGAAGAAUCAACAACGAAUGAAACCAAGUAAUCAUGCAUCACUUGAUUCAAAUACUCCUGGUACAAGAAUGGAUGGUGGUACAACAGUAGCAGGUGGAUCGAUGAACAGAACCACAAACGAUGGUACAAAUCAAAUAUCCGAUCUUAGUUUAAGUACAACACACAUUUAUAAUAAUGUUAGCACUAAUCAUUUGUCAUUUGAAAAUCAAGCUACCCGUUCAUCAUUUGAUUCAUAUGAUGGUCAUACAGAUUAUAAUUCGGUUAGAAGAGUUUCAAAAGUAAAUACAAGUCUCAGUACAAAUGAUCAUUUACGAGAACAUCAUUCCGCAGCUUUUCAUGUUGCAACAAGUAUUAAUCAUAAUCAUAGUAAUCAACGAAUGAAUAUUUUUACAGUUCAAACUGAAGCCAUUUCUGCACACGUUGAUGCAAUUUCUCGUGAAACACGUGAAAAGUAUAGUAAAUUACAAGAAAGACCAACCAGUACAACUGAAGUGUUGCCUGAAUCAUCAGCUGAUCCAGUAGUUCGUGAAACAGAACAAGUAUUGAAUGAAUUAGAAGAAAUAUUAACAACUGGACAUGAAGUCUUGAAUGGUGGUAAUGGUCCCCUUGGAGAUAUUACAAACGGAUUCCAUUACGAAGGAAAUAAUGAAACUAAUGAGAAUGCAGCAUCACAAUCAAAAAAACGAAAAAGAGAGCCUGUUUCAACAGUGGAUGAUAACGCUGUUGUUAAGAAAAGUACUUUAAAACAACAGGAUGAUACUGAAGUUAUUAUUGACGGUCAUCCUGUACGAUCAACAAUGAGAAGUUAUUGUAAAAAAAUUUUAUUGUGUGGCUCAGCUGUUAUAACUGGUACCAAAUUAAACAGAACAAUAACACAUGCUACUUUACCUGAUCUUUAUAAAUGCUGCCAAUUUCUAGCCGAUAUUGGCAUCUUAGAAUUAAAAGAAAAAUUUUUAGGGAAUAAAACAACGUACUAUUCAUGUUAUAUUAAAAGAAUACCUAUUACUCCAUCUGAAACAUUGAAAUUCACUGGUGUUUUAAUGCAACUUGGUAUUGUGGAUAUGAAACAAUAUUAUGAUUCAAUGAGAGGAAUUAAUACAAAGAAUCAGGCAUGGCUAACUCAAGAAGGUUAUGAUUUUUUCCAGCAAGAACCAUAUCGUGCUCAUGUUGUUGAUGAUAAUAUGAAACAAGACAAAGUCAUGACACCCAGGAGAAAAAUAGUUCAAAAGUUUAAUUUAAGAGAAGAUAAACGUGGUCAUGUGGGUGCAGUUCAAAAUUCAGAAAAUUCUGAAAUGCACUUAGUAUCGCAAGAAUCUUCAAUAAUUGAUGAUAAUUUAUCUACUACAAUAUCAUCAACACAGUCAACCUGGUUCACAACAGGAAGUCAACCACCAACAAGUCCACGAGAACAAACUCAGGCAGAAGAAAUCAUUAAACAGCCACGAAAGAGAAAAUUAACUCAGAAAGCAAUUGAAUCGGGCGCAAUCAUCAAAAAACAAAAAGACAAAUCAAAGGAACAGUAG